UAGGCGGCAGAUUUUCAUUACUCUGUUUAAAAUUAAAUUUACCACGUAAUUUGUGCAUACUUCCUCGCAAAACUGCUCAAAAAGUCUGCAGAGAAGAUCAAUGCAGAAAAAUAGAUCGGAAAAGUGCGCUAAAAAGUGAAAAUAGUGAAGAAAACAGCAAUUUAUGAAAAAAUGGAUGACGACCAUGAAUUUAUGAUGGUCUUGUUAUUAUUGUGCAAGCGAAUAGAAAUUAUUUAAUGAUUCAAUGAUUCAGAUUGUGUUGAAAGAACUACCGAGAGUGUGUGUGAAAGACGAUAAAAAUUACAUUCAAUUGACUUUAACAAGAUAAACGUCUUUGUUUUAUCCAAGUAGUCGCCUAAGUAAACGCCAAGUGAAACUCAUAUAUUUUAACGAAAAUAACUCUGCAAGAAUCUCAGAUUAACGAUGGAGUCCCUUCAGGAGGAGCAAACAUCAAGACGACAAUCAGGAUCCGAUGUUGAGAUGACUACAGCUCCCAAUAGUCGAGGAGAAAGCCAAGAGUUAACACUUCCAAUUACAAAACAAACAAGAAUUUGUUUAGUUGGAGGUGUCUGUGACGAUGCAAAUACUUUGCAAGCAGCGCAAAAGCUUGGAGUGCCCGUAAUAAUUUCAGAAACCGGAUUGGAAUACAUUACUGAUGAAAAAUGGAAUACGUAUUUUGUACUCGAUGAUUUUGAGGGAAACAACUACUCAAAAAUCAAUCAUGCCAAGCAAAAGAUUCUUGGUCCGCCAGCUCUCAAAUACGCCGUCGAAUCAGGUGAAGGACUUCCAAACAAUAACCGUCCCAUUUACAACUAUGCUAUGCGAGGAACGACAACUUGUUUUACGGGUAUUCGACAAAAAAAUGUACUCAUCCGUUUAGUGAAUCUGAUUCACUUUAUGGGAGGAUCGAUACGGAAAGAUAUGAAUACGAAAGUCACACAUUUGAUAUGUAACUCGAGCAUUGGAGAAAAAUAUCAGUAUGCCAUGACAUUUAGGCUUCCAGCAAUUCGACCAAGUUGGGUGACAGAAGCAUGGGAAAGUCGAGACAAGGAAAAGUUUUGUGCGAAAGAAGAAACCUUUUUGCGAGAACACAAGUUGAAAGUAUUCGAGGGACAAAAAGUUUGCUUUUUCGGAUUUCCUCCAGAAGAACAUCAACACAUGAUUGAUGUAUUGAAGUCAAAUGGCGGGAUACCAACAGAUAUGGAAGAUCCAGAGUGUUCUCAUGUUAUCAUUUCAAACACGGGCGAAAAUUUUCCUGAACAUAUCAUUCCUAAUCCUGACUCUCCUACCUCUAAAGUAACCAAUGAAGAAGAAGAACAGAUAGAAGAGACAAAAUCCAACGCUCCAAUUCCGGAAAUUGUUGUUGAAAAUAACAUGAAUGUUGAAAACCAUGGUACUUCGACAUUUAUGAGUCGUUUAGAGGAAUUGGAAAAGCAAGAAGAGCCUCAAACGCCUUCUCGUGCAACUGAUGGCAUUAUUUUGAUUUCUAAAGCAGAAGACAAAAAUUUCUUAAACCCAAAUGAUAUAUCUCCAAUUUUGAAAAGCAAAUUUCAAGACGAGUCAUUACAAAGAAUUAAUGAAGAAGACGAGCCUGUUGAAGAGGAAGACGGAGAGAUUUCCGUGAUAGCAUGUAAAGAACUCUUUAAGCGUAAACGACAGGAAGAUAGUUUCGAUAACAUUUCUUUGGUUUCCACAGACUCUCUUGCACCAUCUUUUAGUUCUGCUAAAAAACCAAAGUUGAUAAGAACAGGCUCAAUUACGAAAAAUUUGAGACGUACAAUGAGCUUUGCUGCCAUAAAAACUCCUUUGUCGAACAUGUUACGAUCACGACGAAAUUCUGCAUCUAUUGAAAAUCCAAAUGCAUCAAUAACGUCAAUAAGUUCGAUUAACUCGACAUUUAAUGAGAGUAUUAAAAAGCCGGUGAAAGAAAAACUCCGAUCAAUUAAAGACAAGAUAACAAAAAGUGCGAAGAAAGACUUGAACACGCCGAAAAAUGUAAAAGGAUUGAUUUCUACAUCAAAUUUGGAGAGUUUAAAGAAAGUUUGUAAAGUAAAAGGAACCGAAACAGAAACAAGCGAUGACUGUACUGACUUCAAAACGCCAUUGGCUCCUCCACGAACGCCAAGAAUAAAUGCUGCUCAUGCGUUUAGCAAGUCGAUGAUCUCUUCAAAUGAAUUCAUGGCAGCAAGUUCAACGACAACACCAACUUCAGCUUUUGAUCGUAUUCAAAAAAAUACAGAAGUCGAAGAGAAAUCCGAUGAAACAAAACUAGAUGACCAAAAUCCGGUUGUCGACGAACAUGUUGUUCAAGCUAAACCAGAAGUGAGAAAUAACAGAACUCACAUUGUUAAGUCUGAUUGGUUUUGGUAUACAAUUCAAAACGGUUAUGCUGAUGAAACAGAUUAUCUUUUCGGGGAUUACCUUGAUAGCAUAGCGAACACUCCGGGAGCAGAAAGAAGAGAUUCUUACCCUAUUAGUUUCAAUAAAAGAAAAAGAAAACGUUUGUCUCAACGAAUUCUUGGCGAUGGAACGCCUGUUGGAAGCGGUACGAAUAAAAGACGUUCUUCUGUUAGUGAUGCAGGACUUUUGUCCGUAUCGGGUAGCUUUUUGGAUUGUACAGCAACGCCAGAAAAGCACGAUGGAAGUAAAGUGAUCAUAACAGACAAGGAUAGUUCGCAUGAACUGCCAUCAGCAAAACAAAUGUCCAUGAGAAGAAAUCAUUUUAUGGAUUUCUUCCACACAGAGUCGAACUACGUCGGAAUUCUCGAGACAAUUUGCAAAGUGUUCAAAGAACCUUUGGAGAAGAUGCUCGAAGAAAAUCCUGAAGACAGUUUAUUGAAUUCCACAGAAUUGAAAGGAAUCUUUAGUAACUUUCUACCAAUUUACGAAGUGCAUAUGAAAAUGCUAAACAUGUUGAAAGACAUUCAUUCAAAUUGGGUCGAGGAUUGUCUCAUUGGACAAAUUAUUAUUAAACACCGUGAUGAUUUACUCAAAGCUUAUCCCCCAUAUGUCAAUUUCUUUGAACAAAUGAAAGAAACUCUUGUGCAAUGUGACAGUCAGAAACCACGUUUUCAUGCAUUCUUGAAAAUUUGUCAGACAAAACCAGAGUGCGGGCGUCAAACACUUCAAGAUUUGAUGAUUCGCCCGGUUCAACGAUUGCCAAGCAUUAGUUUAUUGUUGAAGGAUAUAUUGAAACAUACAGCAAAGACAAAUCCCGAUCACAAAUGCUUAUCAGAUGCAUUAGGAGCCAUUACGGAAGUCAUGCACGAUAUUAACGAAGAUAAGAGAAAAAUGGAAGGACAACUUGCGAUCUUUGAAAUCUUUAACGAUAUCGAUAAUUGUCCUCCUCAUUUGGUUUCUUCGCAUCGUAGUUUCGUCUCCAAAUUAGAAGUGACAGAAUUGACAGAUUCUCUCAGCGGGAGAGGCGACUCGUUAGUAUUGUUCUUGUUUUCAGACACGCUGGAAGUGUGCAAAAAACGAUCCCGUGGAUUCGGAACAAUUAAGUCUCCCGGAACAAAUGCUCUAAAUUCGGUAAAAAUUCAACAGGAAAAGAAAGCUUCGUAUAAACACUAUAAAAUGAUGCCUCUCAGUUCUAUUCGCUACGUUAUCGAUAUUCAUGACAAUCCGCGCGCAUUUGCAAUCAAUUGUAAGUUGUGUGGAGAUAUCAAAGACAAACUCUAUUCAUUUAGUAUUUGUGAUGAGGAAUGCGAUAAAAUCAUCUAUCUAAAAACUUUGUGUAAGCAAAUGGCGGAGAAUGCAUGUCGAACGGAAACGGACAAAUGCUUAAUUAGUUGUAACUCGGAAGAAUUAGGCAUCGAUGUUACAGAUGUAAAUGUCGGCACACUUUCAAGAGCCUUUAAAUUUGCGACAAAAACUCGACUGAAGGUAGGACGGGCUUUUUCAUUUAAUAAAACGCCAUCAAAACUAAAACGAGCAGUUUCAACGAUGAUGACAUCUCCAACAUUUGGAAGCACGAAUAGUCUUACACCUUCAACACAAAUGGCCCAAAUGAAAUUAGCAAGCUGUACGAAUUUAAAUGAUCAUAAUAGUGAAGAUACAGUAAGUCAGUCAUCAUCUUCACCAACAUCGUCAGAAAUUCUUCUUGCUCCAAUGACUGUUCAACCAACUCGUAAAAAUCGUGUUCCCAUAGCAGCGCUAAGGAGAAUAUAAGAGUCCAUCUUAUUGUCUUUCCAAGAACAACUUGUGUUCAGUUAACAAUACAUAUUUGUCAAGUACUUCCAAUUUAUAAUUGAGCUCUACAGUAAUGAGUUAAUUUAAACAUAAUAAUCGCUAUUAAGAUUUUAGAAUAUAGUUAACAAUUCCAUAAUGUAUUUUAUAUUUUUGUAUAACAUAUUGUCAACUAUAAGGAAAUUUAUUUUUAUAAGUAAAUUUAAGAGAAGACAAAUAAUUGAAGAAAAAACAACUGUAAAUAACGAAAGAAUAAAAAUACGCUCAAUUAUCUAACUUUAAAAUAAUGUAUCACUCGCUGAAUAAAAAAUCAUAACA